AUGUUGGACCCGGCAGACGCCCUUCGCUUUCACAGAGCUGCGGAUCGGAAACCCAAAGUUGUCAGCAUGUCGAUGGAAAGGAGAACGGGCACAGACCCUCUGGCACGGGACAGGUUACGGAGGAGAGCUACGCAGUCAGCAGCCCUGGACAACGAGGAGACGCUCUAUUUUGUGAACGCCACGAUCGGCACACCACCACAAAGCGUGCGGUUACACCUGGAUACUGGAAGCAGCGACUUGUGGGUGAACACGCCGACCUCCAAGGCCUGCACGUCCAGGACAGAUCCUUGUGCGUAUGCCGGAACCUACAGUGCCAACAAGUCGUCGACGUACGAGUACAUCGGAAGCUACUUCAACAUUUCGUAUGUGGAUGGAUCAGGAGCGUCGGGGGACUACGUGUCGGACACGGUGAAGAUUGGUUCGGUCUCGCUCGACCGUCUGCAGUUUGGCAUCGGCUACGUAAGCACCUCGGCACAAGGGAUUCUGGGCAUCGGCUACGAGAUCAACGAGGUGCAGGUCGGGCGGGCCAAGAAGGCCGCGUACAAGAACCUCCCGGCCCAGAUGGUGGCAGACGGCAGGAUCGCCUCCAAUGCCUACAGCCUGUGGCUCAACGAUCUCGACGCCAACAUGGGCAGCAUCCUCUUUGGUGGCGUUGACACGGAGCAGUACAUGGGCGAGCUCCAGACCCUCCCUGUCCAAAAGACCGCCGGCGUCUUCGCCGAGUUCCUCGUCACCCUGACGGGGCUCGAGCUCGGCUCCAAGACCCUCGCCAAGGACAUGGCCCUGGCCGUCCUCCUCGAUUCGGGCUCGUCCCUGACGUACCUCCCCAACAACCUGGUCCAGUCCAUCUACGACGAGGUCGGCGCCACGUGGGACUCUGAGCAGGGUGCCGCCUACGUCCCCUGCAGCAUGGCCUCGUCCCCGGCCAACCUGACUUUCACCUUUACGUCGCCGCGCAUCGCCGUCGAGAUGAACGAGCUCGUCCUCAACCUCGUCACGACGUCCGGCCGGCGUCCGACCUUCCAGGACGGCCGGCCCGCGUGCCUCUUUGGCAUCGCGCCCGCGGGUCAGGGCACCAACGUGCUCGGCGACACCUUCCUGCGAUCCGCCUACGUCGUCUACGACCUCGACAACAACCAGAUCUCGAUGGCGCAGACCAACUUCAACACGACCAAGACCAACGUGCGCGAGAUCGGCAAGGGGCCCAGCGCCGUGCCCGACGCCGUGCUCGUCGCCAACGCCGCGCAGGCCACGGCCGGCCUGAUCCUCUCGAGCCCCGGCGGGCUCGGCGGGAUCGGCAGCAAGAGCAGCUCGGCCGGCCCGCGUGUCGUGUCGGCACCCGGCGUGGGCGCCGCGGCUGCGCUGGCGGUCGUGGUGGGUCUGCUGGCUGGUCUCGGUGUCGGCAUAUGA